AGUGCUCUUGCAUCCAUCAGUCAUAAAUUUGAAGGUUAUGUACGUCCUUCGGUUCAUAAUGUUUUCGCAAAAAUGAACACUAUCGCGCACAAGUUCUACAAAAUUCGUCAGUCACUUCUUUGUAAUCCACAAUGAUACGAUCGGUGUUCAGUCCCUUGUGGACUGUCAGCAGAUUCUCGCUCUUGACAGAAAGUGCAACAUUCAAGUUAUUGCAUCAUAACGCGGAAAUUUUCAAAUCAAACCUGCGCUACACAAAUAUUCUACAAUAUCAUCAGUGCCGUGGGAAAAAGGAUGACUCUAAAGUGUCGGCGCUGUUCAAACCGGUUCCAGUUCAGUCGAACCGUGAUAACAUAAACAUUGGAGCUGAGUUAACCGGGAAAUUGGAUAAGGGUGAACUGUUAAAGAUCCUGAAUGCCUUCACACAAAAACCGGAAAUAAAGCGGAUGUGUGCAGAACACGGACUGGACGCAUUCCUUCAGCAACAAACUUUCGCCAGCUUUCGUCGCUAUUGUAUCGAUGCUGAGAAUCUACCGGCCGAUUUGCACAUCAUCAUCAGCGAUAUUCUACAGGGCGCCGGUCAUCCCGACGACAUAUUGCCAUACUUUUUACGUUUUGCUCGUAAAAUGUUUCCACACUUAGACUGCAUGGAGGAUCUAAAACAAAUCUCUGAUUUAAGAACGCCGGCCAAUUGGUAUCCGCACGCUCGGGCGAAGGCACGAAAAAUCAUUUUCCAUGCCGGACCGACGAAUUCCGGUAAAACGUACCAUGCAAUGAAUAGCUUUAUGAAGGCGAAAAGUGGAGUGUAUUGUGGACCGUUGAAAUUGCUAGCUGCUGAAGUGUUCAACAAAUGUAAUACGCUGGGGACACCAUGCGAUCUGGUUACCGGAGAGGAACGAAAAUUUGCUAAUGCCAAUGGCACACCGUCGAGUCACGUAGCCUGCACAGUUGAAAUGACAUCAAUAACCAAUCCAUACGAGGUGGCUGUCAUCGAUGAAAUUCAAUUGUUAAAGGAUCCCGGUCGAGGAUGGGCCUGGACAAGGGCAUUUUUGGGUUUAAUUGCUGAUGAGGUUCAUGUUUGUGGUGAAGCCGGUGCGGCAUCUCUAUUGGAACGUUUAUGCGAGACAACUGGGGAGGCAGUUGAGAUUCGGGAAUACAAGCGACUUACUAAACUGACGGUUGAAGACAGCGCGCUGGGGUCAUUGGAUAACGUUGUUCCCGGCGAUUGUGUUGUGUGUUUCAGUAAAAAUGACAUUUACUCAGUUUCGCGACAGAUAGAAUCCAGUGGGAAAGAAGUGGCUGUUAUUUAUGGAGGAUUGCCGCCUGGUACGAAAUUAGCUCAAGCUGCCAAAUUUAAUGAUCCGCAGAACAGCUGUAAGGUCAUGGUCGCCACAGAUGCUAUAGGAAUGGGUUUAAAUUUGAGCAUACGAAGAAUCAUUUUCUAUUCACUGAAAAAACCCACGGUCAACGAGAAUGGCGAACGUGAAAUCGACGUAAUCUCAGUAUCUUCUGCCUUACAGAUCGCUGGAAGAGCCGGUCGUUUCGGAACCCAAUGGGAAAAUGGAUUUGUGACCGUCUUCCAUCCAGACGAUCUUCUAACGUUAAAAGGCUUGCUUAGCCAACAACCCGAACCUCUGACCCAAGCUGGUUUACAUCCCACCGCCGAUCAAAUAGAACUUUAUGCCUAUCACCUGCCCGACUCAACGCUGAGCAAUUUGAUGGACAUUUUCGUUUCGCUCAGCACCGUCGACGAUUCGUUAUACUUCAUGUGCAACAUCGACGAUUUUAAAUUCCUAGCCGAAAUGAUCCAGCACGUACCGUUAGCACUGCGGGCACGUUAUGUAUUCUGCUGUGCACCGAUCAAUCGAAAGAUGCCGUUUGUGUGUGCGAUGUUUUUGAAAUUUGCCCGUCAAUUCAGCAAAAAUGAACCGAUCACAUUUGACUUUGUCGUUUCGAAUUGCGGCUGGCCGUUUAGUUUACCGAACACAAUUCUGGAGUUGGUACAACUGGAAACUGUGUUCGAUGUCAUGGACUUGUAUUUGUGGUUGAGCUAUCGGUUCCCGGAUCUAUUUCCGAACGCAGCUCUCAUCAGAGAAACACAGAAGGAUAUCGAUGACCUAAUCCAGCAGGGUGUGUUCCAGAUAACCAAAUUGCUGAAAAACGCUGAAAAUGCAGCUGCGGAUACUAAAGAUGUUAAUUCAUCUGUAACCAGUAGCAGAAAGUCUGGCACUGAAAAUUCAGCAACAACCACUAAAGACGUUUAUUCACCUGUACCAAUUAGCAAAAAUUCUGGCUUCCAACGGAAAAACUCUGAAAAUACGGCGUCGCACACAAAUUACUUAGACACGAUACAGUCCGUGCAGCGCGGCGGUGGUCGUUUCACCCAAGAAAUUCUGAAGAAGGGGCUGAUAACGCAAGACAUGCUGAAUAAGUUGCAUCAGGAAUGGGGUCGAACAGGUAAAAGUAAUGCGGCUACGUAUGACGAUGAAACAUUGACGAAAAAAGGGAAGAAAGGAACUCGACGCAAGAAAUAAGAUAAAAUUUUGAUUGGAAAAUUUUUGUACAACCAAAAAAUAGUUUAUUGUUCGCAACAAUAAAGACGGUAAGACAGUU